AUGACUUCUACCACGUCCUUUUCUUCUCGAUCACAUUCAAGACCAAAGUGUUUUCUCAUUUGUAUCUUACUUGUGUCCCUACCCUUCUUAUUGUUUCUACUUUUCGAGAAGCAGAAAAGGGUCACCAAAACCAUUGAGAUGGAUCUAAAGCCAAGACCAAGACCAAGACCCACUUGGUUUGAUGUCAUAGCAAAAGGUUUGAACAACAAAAAGAAAAUUAAGGUAGGUCUUGUUAACAUUGAUGCUAGAGAGGAUGGAAGAGUGUAUGAACAAUUGGAUUCACUUCACCCUCAAGUGGAGAGUGUGUUUGUAGAAUUUGAUCAUGUCGAUGGGAAUUUGAAAUGGGAGGAGAUUUUUCCCACAUGGAUUGAUGAAGAUAGGAAGUGGGGUGAACCCAAGUGCCCAAACAUUCCAAUGCCAAAGUUGGAGAGUUUUGAAGAUCUAAAUGUUGUGGUGGCAAAGGUUCCUUGUGGGGAGAAGAAAGGGGUUAGGGAUGUGUUUGGGUUGCAAGUGAAUUUGGUGGUGGCUAAUUUGGCUGUGAGAAGUGGAUGGGUGGAGAAGAUGGAGAGUAAUCACAGGAAUGUUUAUGUUGUGUUUGUUGGGUCUUGUGGUCCCAUGGAAGAGAUUUUCAGAUGUGAAGACCUUUUGACACAUGAACAACAACAUUGGCUCUACAAACCUGAUUUAUGGACCCUAAAACACCAAUCACUUAUGCCUCUUGGUUCUUGUCAAAUUGCUCCUCAUUAUGCAAAAACAGGUAAAGAGGCAUGGAGAAAUUUGUUUGGUGAAGCAAAGCUAGCAUACGUAUCUGUUCUUCACUCUUCAGAAGCUUAUGUUUGUGGUGCAAUAGCACUUGCUCAAAGCAUUCUUCAAGCAAACACCACUUUUGAUCUUCUCCUUCUGGUUGAUAAAUCCAUUGCUCCUCAAUCCAUAACUGCUCUGAAAGCCGCAGGGUGGAAGAUUCAACGCAUCAAACGCAUCUUAAGCCCUUUUGCAGAAAAGGAUGCAUACAACCAGUGGAACUACAGCAAGCUACGACUAUGGCAACUCACCUCCUACGACAAAAUCAUCUUCGUCGACUCCGACCUCUUACUCUUCGACAACCUUGACCAUUUAUUCGCCUACCCUCAGCUGUCGGCAGCACCUAACGAGGAAGUCUUGUUCAACUCGGGGUUGAUGGUGAUCGAGCCAUCGCAAUGCAUGUUCCAAAACAUGAUGAACAAAAUCUUCAAGGUUCGUUCCUACAACGGGGGUGACCAAGGUUUUCUGAAUGAGAUAUUCACCUGGUGGCACCGUUUGCCAACUAAGGUUAAUAUGCUGAAAUGUUUUCAUGGCGAGGAUGGGAAACGUGAAGUCCCUGAUGAUGUUUCUGGCAUACACUACUUGGGUUUGAAGCCAUGGAUGUGUUAUAGGGAUUACGAUUGCAACUGGGACAGGCACGAUCAUCAUAUUUUUGCGAGUGACUCUGCUCACAAAAAGUGGUGGCAGGUUUAUGAUGCCAUGCCUAAAGAGUUGCAAUCUUACUGUGGACUUACACAGAAAAUGAAUGAUAGGAUUGUGAAGUGGAGAAGGAUUGCAAGAAAUUCUAGUUUCUCUGAUCACCAUUGGAAGAUCAAGGUGGAAGAUCCUAGAAGGGGUGAUUAUCAUUCAGAUUAG